AUGUUUGUUCCACAAUCGCUGAGCAUAGCACCUGACCCACAAGUGCUGAUAUUCUCUGAUGCAUCUGAAGCAGCGAUUGCAGCAGCAGCUUACCUGAAGGUCAAGCACCACAUUGGCUUUAUCAUGGGGAAGUCAAAACUCGCUCCUCUGGCAGGACAUAGUAUUCCUCGUCUGGAACUAUGUGGAGCUGUAUUGGCAACAGAGAUAGGAGAGUUUGUCUCAGACCAUCUUAAUAUCCCGACGUCCUCUAUUAGAUAUUUCACAGAUAGCAAGGUCGUACUGGGAUACAUCAGGAACAGAACCAGACGUUUUUACACGUAUGUGAGCAAUAGAAUUGCUUGUAUUCAUGCCGUAUCAACCCCUAGCCAGUGGAGUUAUGUACCCACUCACCUGAAUCCAGCAGAUGCAGCAACUAGGGGAUCAGUUUCUGACGUAGGGAAUUCUUUGGAUACUUGGCUCGUUGGACCAGUGCAGUUAUGUUUAGGGGACCUAGCGGAAUGUGAACCAGAUGUGGACUAUCCACUCAUCAACCCUGAUGAUGACAAGGAUAUUCGACCAGAAGUGAGUGCCUUUAAGGCAGAUCUAUUAAGCAACCCAACUCCUAUUGAGGAUCGUUUCACAAAAUUCUCAACAUGGGACAGUCUUGUGUCUGCAUUGUCUAUUCUCCGCCAUGUGUCUGCCUCCUACAGAGGUUCGAUUGAUUGCACUAGUUGGCACUUGUGUAACAAGACUAAAUGUGAAUCUGCACUCAAAGACACUGAAGACUUCAUCCUUAGAUGUGUACAAGCUCAGGCUUUUAGGGGUGAACUUGAAGCAAUCAAGGGGAAAUGUGACCUACCUAAGGACAGUCGUAUUCAGCACCUAUCCCCAUACAUUGAUAAUGUAGGCUUGCUGAGGAUUGGAGGCCGUCUGAACAACCUGAAGAGUACUGGACUUGCAUCACUUAAUCCAGUUAUAGUUCCUAGGGGACAUGUGGCAACUCUACUUGUACGUUUCUUCCAUAACAAGGUUUUCCACCAGGGUAGAACAAUCACUGAAGGUGCCGUACGUUCUCAUGGCUUCUGGAUCCUUGGAGGAAAGAGACUUAUUUCUUCCAUCAUUUACGCAUGUGUUGUUUGUCGGAAACUGCGUAGAAAGCCCCAGGAACAGAAGAUGGCAGAUCUUCUGGUGGAUCGGCUCACCCCAGGACCCCCCUUUUCGUCUGUGGGACUUGAUGUAUUUGGCCCAUGGCCAGUACUUACCAGGAAGACACGUGGUGGUCUGCUCAGAGCAAGAGAUGGGCUGUCCUAUUUACUUGUUUAA